AUCCGACGAUAUUGAGCCAGAAAAUGCUCGCGUAUACGCUAUCGUCGUGCAAGGCCUCCGGAGCCUUUGUUCUUCGGAUACGUCAUCACUUUGUCCGAUACGACUCGCGUCAGAGAUACCGAUCGCUCGCAGGUAUACACCUCACACAUCGGGCAUCUAAUCGUUUGAUAAGGCCGCGUGUGGUCGAGGGGAGUUUUCAUAGAGGAAUUAGAGCUGAUCACCUGCGGUAUAGGAGUUGGCAAUUAUGGCGCCUGCAGCCCCGCUGGUCGCGUUCCUGACACUGCCGGCGUUGGUAUGGAUAUCUCCGGUUUCCGCAGGGCGAGUGGAAGGCAGCAUCCCGGAGAUCUACCCGGACCAGGCGUGCAACGGCGGACAGUUGGUGGAAGUCUCGCAGGGCGUCCUCUUCGGACCGGCCUAUCGACGCAACGCCAAACCGCCCGCGAGUGGGAAAGACCCGAGUCGCUGCUCGUGGACCCUGGUUGCCAACCGCCCCGGCAAGGUGAUCAGCCUCCAAAAGAGCUUCUUCUACCUCGGCCAAGACUGCAUCACGAGCUCGCUCUCCGUGUACGACGGCAACUCUACCAGCGCCCCACUGCUCGCCAAGUUGUGCGGUGCUGACACUCCCUCCAAACUGGUGUCUUCGUCCGGGGCGCUGCAUCUGGAGUUGGAGUACCUCGGCUUGGGCCCGGGAGAGGGGUUCAACUUCUACUUCGAGCACGUUUUCCGCAAAGCUGACUGUCCUCCCGAUCUCGUCAGCUGCCGCAACGAGAGACUCUGCGUGUCUCAGGGCCAGUUGUGCGACGGCAAAGACGACUGUGGCGACGGGACCGACGAACAGGACUGCCCUGCAGGUUUCAGCGGACGCGACGACCACGAGUGCGGUGUGGCUCCCGCUGAUCUGCCGGGCACCGACCGCAUCACCGGCGGCCGACAGGCUUCCUUGGAGAGCUGGCCCUGGAUCGCCCAACUCAGGGUGCGGAAUCAAGAGCCGUUCGGGUUCCGCUGCGCAGCGACGCUCUUCGCCGACCGAUGGCUGCUCAGCGCCGCCCACUGCUUCAAAGAUUACCGGAGGCCCGAGAGCUGGACGGUCAGCCUGGGUCGGCACGGAACGGUGCUGCAGGACGACGAGGCCGUCGUGAGAUACGUGCGCCGCAUCCUACCCUACCCGGACUACCACGGAUACGAGCCAUGGAACCAUACGACGCCCUGGUUGUGGCGUAAGGAGCACGACGUGGCCCUGCUCGAACUCAACGCACCGGUCUCCUGGACGUCGGUGGUGCACCCGGUCUGCCUCCCCGACGAGGCAGACUACUGGCCGGAGACCGGCUCCCCGUGCAAGGCAGCGGGCUGGGGUGCCACCCAGAACGCGGCCGAAAGUCCUCACCUGCUGCGCGAGGUGACCGUGCCCGUGGUGGCCAAGGACCGAUGUCGCCGCUGGUUCGCGCCGAAAGACAUGCAGCUGGGGGACAACAUGCUCUGCGCGGGCUACGAGAAAGGGGGACGCGACGCUUGUUCGGGCGACAGCGGAGGGCCCCUCACUCUCCGCAACGGUACGCGUUGGACGCUGGUCGGCGUCAUCUCCACGGGCGUCGCGUGCGCCAAGCCGCGCAAGCCCGGAAUCUACACCGCCGUGGCUCCCUACCUGCCCUGGAUACGGAGCUACGUCGCCGAGCCCGCGGCCGGGAUCAAGAGGUCCAACCCGGGCCCGAGAACAGCGAAGCGGGUGGUUCGCUCGAAAGUGGCAAUCGACUUCCGCCGGACUGUUUCGCGAACGGUGAAUGGCGAGACCAGAACGGAAAAACCGGUUCAUCUCACGUUCCAGAGUAACUGAAAUAAGUUCAAGACCCAAAUUUGUACAUGUUCCGGUCGCUCUACUUAAUAGCUCUACAUGGACUAAUGGUUUUUGGCUAUACCUAGACGUUUGAAAUAAAAAAAAAAAAAUUAAAAAAAGAAAAACAGCGAUGAACAUCUGUUGGUGUGAGAAUACACAAUCGGUUCAAACCGAAAAAACACCACUGAAGUGAACAUAAGUUCCUGUUAAAAAAAAUAAAUAAAACGUAAUCGGUUCAUCUGAAAGA